AUGAAUCGCACACGGAUCGCCGGCCAUGGCCUGAGAAGGCUCAUCCAGGCUCCUCCACGGGGUACCAGAGGCAUCGUCACCGAAGCAGACGUCGUCAAGGCGAGGAAGUACUGUCAGUCGCAGCUUCAACAUAGCGACUACGAUGCUCACCUAAUCAGCCGCCUCGUUCCGGUCCGGACAGCAGACGCCUACCUCGCCCUUCGCAGCCUCAACCUCGAACUUGUCCGCCUCCCGGAGCUCGUCUCGAACCCGGCCAUCGGCCAGAUGCGCAUGCAGUUCUGGCGCGAGUCCAUCGACAAGACUUUCGCCGGCAAUCCCCCCGCCGAGCCCAUCUGCCUGCUCCUUCACCAGGCCCUCCAGGACUUGCGCGCGCGGUCGACCAGCGGCACGGCGAGCUCGAUCAAGUUCUGGGUGCAGCGCCUCAUCAGAACGCGCGAAAGGCACAUGGAUAACCGACCUUACGCAUCACUGGCCGCGCUGGAGGAGUACGCCGAGAACACGUACUCGACGCUCAUGUACGCCACGCUGGCCGCCAUGCCGCUGCGCUCAAUGCACGUGGACCACUUGGCGAGCCACAUCGGCAAGGCGUGCGGCAUCGUCGCUGUCCUGCGCGGUAUCCCCGUACUCGCGGCGCCCCAGCAGCAACUCGCGAAAUCGCACGCCGGACCGGGCGGCGGGCGCCAGGACCCUGCGUUGCUGCUCCCGCUUGACGUCAUGGCCGAGGCCAACCUGCGCGAGGAGGACGUCUUCAGGUACGGCCCGCAGGCGGAGGGGUUCCAGGACGCCGUGUUCGCGGUGGCGACGCGGGCCAACGACCACCUCAUCACGGCGCGCGAGAUGCUCAAGAGCCUCCAGGCCGGUCAGGGAGCCGGACACGAAUUUGAGCACCAGGGCGAGGCGGAGCAUGUGUACGAGCACGAAGAAGACGACACGCAGCGGGAUAUCCGGCGUGGCUUCGGCGUGCUGCUCGAGUCGGUGCCGGCUCAGGAGUACCUCACGAAUCUUGAGGGGACCAACUUCGACCCCUGGGCUGUGAAGGCGAGCUGGAAGCUCCCUUGGCGUUUAUGGCGGGCCACGAGCAAAUAUCAGAUCUAA